UGGCUGCUGUAGCAGUUACAUUGCCCUUGCAGGGAGAUGCAUGCUUCACUGUCUCUCAUUGGUCCCCCUUGCAGAACAUAUGCUUCCUGCCGUACUUUACCAGGUAACCAGAGACACACACCAUCUGCCUGCUUCAUAAAACAAGAGACUCAGAGAAAGUAGGACUUCCAGUAAAGACAACGUCAAGACUCUCAGAGAUGGGAGAUCAGAGGGCUAUUUUGGCUGUCAAGGAAGGAGACUUGAGCACUUUGGAGCAGCUACACAUAGAUGGCAGUUUGGGUCAGAAUAUCACUGACUCCUUAGGAGCAGGCCUGGUCCAUCAUGCCUCACGAGCAGGCAGGCUUGAGUGUCUCAAGUUCCUGGUACUGCAAGCAAAGCUUCCUGGGAAUCAGAGAGCAAACAAUGGUGCAACUCCGGCACAUGAUGCUGCAGCCAUGGGCAACUUGGCUGAACUGCAGUGGCUGAUCAAAGAAGGAAGGUACAACAAGCAGGAACAAGAUGCUUCAGGGGCUUCUCCACUCCAUUUAGCUGCUCGCUUUGGACAUUCAGAGGUUGUUGAGUGGCUGGUCCAGGCAGGGUAUGACACUGCAACAGAGACCCGAGAAGGAGCAGUGCCAGCUCAUUAUGCAGCAGCCAAGGGAGAUCUCACAUGCCUGAAAGUGCUGGUUGCUGCAGACCUCAGUUGUGUAAACAAGCAAACCAGGAGUGGAGCAACCCCUCUGUACCUCGCCUGCCAGGAGGGCCACCUCCACAUCAUCCAAUUCCUGGUGAAAGACUGUGAAGCUAAUGUGCACCUGAGCGCACAUGAUGGCAUGACUGUACUGCAUGCAGCUGCUUGUGGUGGCCAUUAUGCCGCUGUCAUCUGGCUGGUAACCUUCACUGAUCUCAACCUCACCACACAGGAUGUGGAAGGAGCCACUGCACUCCACUUUGCUGCCAGAGAGGGACACACUGCUAUUGCUGACAGACUCCUCCUUAUGGGUGCUAAGAUUGUGCUGGACUAUUGGGGAGGAACACCUCUUCAUGAUGCAGCAGAGAAUGGGCACUUGGAGUGCUGCCAGACAUUGAUCUCCCACCAAAUAGAUCCAGGCAUUCGUGAUGUGGACGGUUACACUGCGAGGGACCUGGCAGAAUAUAAUGGUCAUAGGCAAUGUGCAUGUUAUCUGCAGGAAGCAGAGAAGACGGCAAUUCAGCGAAGUGGCUUUAGGAAUCAAGAGGCUCAGGAAGCCAAAAUCAAAUUAAGAUUGUCAACGGAAACUAAUAAAUACCACAAAACAGCAGUUGGACAAAAGUGUCAGCAGAUACUGAGUGAUGAUAUCACAGCUUUGGCAAAUGGCCAGACCCAGCAGGCUAUGAAACCUCUUCAUUCAAAUAUAAGUCUUACAUCAAACAUGCAGAAAGAAGUUAAUAGCCAUCUUCAGAAAGCAUCCACUUCAAAGGUGUUCAACAUGGCGAAACCUGCUGACACCAAUAAAUUAUUGACAGCUGAGAUGAAGAUCAAUAAAUCUCUGCAGAAGACGAGGAUCACAACAUCAUUUUCAAAUUCUAGUGAGAAGACAGAGCUGCCAAAUGCUGUAGUAUCAAGGAGCCUCCUUUCAAUGCUGGAUGAGUUGGGAACGUCAGACAUUGAUGCACUGGUGCCUACUCAUGAUGAGCGAGGUUCUUCUAUCCCAGAGUGGAAACGACAGGUGAUGGUGAGGAAACUGCAGGCCCAGUUGGCAUCCGAAGAAGGGAUGGGCAGGAAGGACAAGGGAAGCUGUGCACUGGGCAUGGAUGACUGGCAGUACUCUCAGGUUCAUAAUGCCAUUCUGGGCCCCUAUGGGGAACUACUCACUGAGGAUGACCUACUGUAUUUAGAGAAGCAGAUUGAGCAACUUCAGGUGAAGAAGAAAUGCCAGGAAUAUGAGAGUGAGCUGGGAUGCCUAACAGAGGAGUUGCAGGCAGUUUUUCCUGUUCCAAUUGUCAAUAUUGCAGCCAAUAGUCAAUUUCUGCAGCAGGACUCUGAGAAGAACAUCCAUGAGCUCCCUGCCUGGUGCAGCCAUGUGUCUAGUGUAGUAAAAAACAUGUCCUUGUUGCUCACAGGCAUCAGUGGCAUGAAGAAAGAGGAUGAUAAGCCAGUCAAGACCAGAAGUUUUUCAGGAGGCAUGGCCAAGAAGGAAAUUCUGGAGUGUGGUAUCUCUGUAAAGGAUAUGAGAAGUAUUUUUGAAAAACAAGAUAUUACAGGACAGAACAAAUAUUUUGACCAUCGAGAGCUGAAGACUAGGUCCUUGCAACAUGGAACAGGGGUUGAGUCAGCUUCUCCAGUGUUAUCAGGUAUUUGCAAGGGCAAGAGGCAAUUGGUCUAUGAGGAACCUGAGAUUGGAGAUGGGGAGAAUGUUAGUGAUUCUGGUAUCAGCUGUGAAGAAGCCUCUUCUGAAGCCUGUUGCUCUCAUAGCUCAACGGCAGAGGCUAACACACUCCGAAAAGAGCGCAUUGUGCUGCUUUUUCUAAGCCACUGGAAGAAAUCUGCUUACACUCCUUCCUUGAAACUCAUAGACAGGAACACUAUAGAUAUCCAACAGUCUAGAAAAGUAGGAUUGAUAGAGGUGAUGACAGAAGUCAAGAAGCAGCAGGCUCCUACACAGAAGCUUCCAAUGGAAAUUAGCAGACUUAGCCAUUUAGUUCAACAGAAUUACACCAUCAAGAAUCUGAUCAGUCGCUGGAAGAAUAUCAUCCCUCUUGUACCAUCCCGUCAGAUCAGGCGCCUGAAUCACCAGCACACAAUAUAUUCUCCAGAGCAAUUCCUGCCCUAUGUCAGUGGUGAACCUGUUGACUACAAUAGCUUAACUCUUGAUCUCUUUAUGCUUGGCUAUUUUCACAUCCUGGAGUUGGACCUCUCUCCAGAAGAAAGGAAGGCAAGGCAUCUCCUUUGCUUUGAAGUUUUUGACCACUUGGGCAGCCAUAAGUGGGAAACAGUGCGUGCUUUUCAUAAAGCAGUGAUGGAUGAGAUUGCUGCAGGCAAACGAAACUGGAAAGAUAGUUUGGAAGAUAUUAAGAUACAGUUCUUUGGAAACAACAGAGACCAUGCUAAGAACAUGGAAUUAAAAAAAUCCUCAGCAGAAAUAUAUCUAAAACCAGUCUCCAAACUAAGAAUCCCACACAUGGUUCUUCAGCAGGAAGAUCGUAUCCCAGAAACAUAUUGUGAACUUGGCAACUUUAGCAAUGAUGAAAUCUGCAGAUACAUUGACAGGAGUUUUGCUUUCUGGAAAGAAAAAGAAGCAGAGAUCUUUAGCUUUGAAGGGUCAGACUCUUUACAUUAGGAUCCUUUAUUUGUGAAUAGGACUAGUAGGAAGAUUCAGAAUGUACUACUGAGAGGUCUCUUAGCAGCAAGAUGCAUCACAUCAAAGACACAGCAUGGGAUAAGGCUUUAUAACCUAUUUGUUUUAUGACUUGCUAGAAAUGCCUGCUAGACUUGUGAGUUAAGGGUCAAAACACAAGCCAGACCUUGGGAAGCUUACUUUUUUUUGGACCACAUUCCCCACAGAACCUGAUGGCUAGCAGGUUGGCAGUGGGAUGCUACCAGUUCUAGUCUAAAAAAAUAAUGUUUCCAUGUUCUACUACAAUCUUACUGUGACCAGGGACGUAGCCAGGAUUUUAGGAAGGGGGGGGGGGGUCCAGACUAAGUGCCCUAACUUUGCCAGAUGCAGCCAAAACAUCAGGAACACAUUCUUCUAGAACAUGGCCACAUAAUCAACCCCCCCCACAAAAAACUAGGCAAGGGAGUGUUUACAUCUCCAGUUAAACUGCUACCAGUUCAUUCCUCUUCCUCAAAAGAUAGCACAUAUCUUCCAACCAACAGCUUUCUCUCCCCUGCAUAAGACCUCUGAACGUGGGGCAUACCAACAUGGAUUUAGAACUCUAUGGUGUUAAUGAUGAAAGGAAAAUGGACUGGCAAGUGAAAGGGUGGGCACUCUGCCACCCCCCACUACUCCUAUUCCAACUUGAAAAAGAAGUCGAAUUGUCAGGGCUUCACUAUACAUGUUUGUAGUGUAACUAGUUUAAAUUGGAGAUGAGUAAGGUGUGUGUGAC